AAGAGCACCAUUAACGGGGGCUUUUAAGAGGGUUUCUAAAAAUAUUGAAGCAUUUAAUUAAAUCAAAACUCAAAAAAAUUGUUGUUAUCGAUCCUUAAUAUAGGAUUUCUGUAACCGAUUACAAAGGGGGUUUUCAACCCACGUGUCAGCAAACUAAAUAAUGAGGCAUUUUUUUUUCUUCUUUCUCGUCUUCUCUUUCUGCAAACGACAAUGGCUUCUCGAUCUCUCUCCUUCUUCAAGUUUCAGAGGUUCUCUGUGGAGAUCAAUGGCCACUUUUACUCGAAAUUGAGUUUCUUUCUAUUUUUUUUUCAUUUCAUUGAUUUGAAAUUGGUUAAAGAGAUAUGGAUCAUGACUUUUCUCUGUUUUUCUUUUUGUAAUAGUUGUGUUAUUUGUUGCAGUAAACCACAAUUGGGCAUGUAGAUCACGGGAAGACUGCUUUGACUGCUGCAAUCACAAAGGUUCUUGCUGAAGAGAGAAAAGCUAAAGCUAUUGCCUUUGAUGAAAUUGAUAAAGCUCCCGAAGAGAAGAAGAGAGGAAAUACUAUUGCUACAGUCUGUCUUCUUCUUCUUCUUUUUCUCUCCACGCCAAUGUUUUUUUCUCUAGUCUUUUUUAAAUAAUGUCUUGUGCUUGAGUAAUGUCUUGUGCUUUUCUAUGUCACAGACUGAUAAUGCUUGUGUUAUGUCUUGUAGUGGGAGCAUUGAGAGAUUCAUCACAGAGUGGAGCAUUGGGAGCAUCUCGUGGUAGUGGUCUGCAUUAUGUUGGGCAUACCACUCCCGCUUUGUUCUAUCUUGCUUUGGGAGGGUCCUUGUUAUCUUAUAUAUACUCUGCUCCACCUCUUAAGUUGGGAAUAGCGAUUGUUUAUAACUUCAAAAGUGUUGAAGGAGACAGAGCAAUGGGCCUUCAGUCUCUCCUAGUAGCUUUUGGCACUGAGGCUGCAAAAUGGAUAUGCGUUAGUGCUAUAGACGUUACUCAGAUCUCUGUUGCCGGUAUGUAGUAUGACUUCUAUUUCUUGUGCUUGAUCUUAUGAACUAGAGGAUCAUUAGUGAAUGUCUAUUCUGGUUGUAGUGUAUCUUGUAGUGAAAGUAUUGUUUUUAAAACUCUUCUCCAAACAAGUGUAAAACAAAUUCUCUCCUUCUCUAUAUAAAAUCAUCUACAUUCCUUCUUUA